AUGGCAGCGUUUCUUUGCGAUCAAAGCUGGUUUGAAUUGGGCUCCAGCCCUGCCCGGGCAGGUUUUGGCCGCGCAGCACCCGGGGCAGCCCGUGAUCUCCAUCCCCGCGAGCCCGAGCAACCCUCCCGCUUCCGGAAGAAGCUGGAGAAAGACGAGAACUACAUCAACACCAUCCUGCACCUCGGCACCCUGAUGGAGCACUACGUCAGGCAGAACAACACCAUCGACAUCUACGAGGAGUACUUUGAAGAGGGUGACGCGGUGGAGCUGGAAGACCAGCCCCCCUACGCAAAAACCAUCAACAUCCUCAGGGAUCCAAACGUAGUCAAGAGGCCGGCCACACGUCUCUCCUGGAACCCCAACGCGAGCGAGAAACUGGCCGUGGCUUAUUCCAACCUCCAGUUCCAGCACAGCACAAAGGACAUGAGCUUUGAUUCCUACAUCUGGGAUCUGGGAAACCCCAACGAGCCAGAGAUUGCUCUCUCACCAUCCUCCCCUCUUGUCUCCCUGGAAUACAACCCCAAAGACUCCAACAUCCUGUUGGGAGGAUGCUACAAUGGGCAGAUGGCUUACUGGGACAUCAGGAAAGGGGAGCUGCCCGUGGAGGUGUCCACUGUGGAGUUCAGCCACAGAGACCCCGUGUAUGGAGCUCUCUGGUUGCAGUCCAAAACGGGCACUGAGUGCUUCUCAGCCUCCACUGACGGGCAGGUCCUGUGGUGGGAUAUCCGCAAGCUGUCCCAGCCCACCGAGAAGGUGAUCUUGGACAUCAGUGGGAGAGGGAGCCUGAGGGACUCUCUGGGUGCUGUUGCACUGGAAUUCGAGCCCACCCUGCCCACCAAGUUCAUGGUGGGCACAGAACAAGGCAUCGUCCUCGCCUGCAACCGCAAGGCCAAGACACCCCAGGAAAAAAUCAGCGGCACCUUCAGCGGCCACAUCGGACCCAUCUACGCGCUGACCAGGAACCCUUUUAACCCCAAAAUCUUCCUGACAGUUGGUGGCUGGGCUGCUCGGAUCUGGUCAGAGGAGAUCAAGGAAUCGGCAAUUAUGUGCACCAAGAACCACUUCUCCUACCUGAUGGACGGAUGCUGGAGCACCAUGAAGCCGGCCGUCUUCUUCACCGCCAGGUCGGAUGGCACCCUAGAUGUCUGGGACUUCCUCUUCAAGCAGAAGGACCCAUGCCUCAGCCUGAAGAUCUGCAACGAACCCCUGGACAGUCUGCGCCUGCAGGACAACGGCUGCAUCCUCGCCUGCGGCUCCCGGGUGGGCACUGUCACCCUGCUGCAGAUCUGCCCUGCGCUCUGCACCCUCCACAAGAACGAGAAGAACGUGGCCAACAACAUGUUCGAGCGGGAGACAAGGAGGGAGAAGGUCCUGGAGGCCCGGUACCGGGAAAGGCGGCUGAAGGAGCGUGCCCAGUCGGAGGGUGUGGGGGCAGAGGUGGAGCAGUUCCAGCAGACCCCUGAGGAGGUGUUUAUCGACACCCGCAACAAGUACUUCUCGGUCAUUGAAGACGAGCUGCAGAGGAAGAUGCAGGAGACAACUGUGCUGUACGAAGUGCGCCAGGACGAGGAGGGCGGAAAGGAGGAGGGUGGAAAGGUGGAGGAUGAAAAGGAGGAGGAUGAAAAGGAAGAGGAUGAAAAGGAGGAGGAAGUAAAGGAGGAGGAAGUAAAGGAGGAAGAUGUAAAGGAGGAGGAUAUCGUGGUGCUGCAAGACCCCACAGAAGCCCCUCGUGAUGUCCUGCGCUCCGGCCGCUCCCGAGAGAAAUCCUUUGUCUUUGACGUGGCUUUUGACUCCUCGGCCACUCAGGAGACCGUGUACUGUGCCACCACCCGGGGCCUCAUUGAGGGCGUCAUCUCUGGGUACAGUGCCACCGUCUUUGCCUAUGGCCCAACUGGCUGUGGAAAGACCUACACCAUGCUGGGCACCAACAGCGAGCCUGGCAUCUGUGCCCGUGCCCUGGGUGAUCUUUUCCAGGCCAUCAAGGACACCAGUGGUGACACAGAGUACCAGGUCACCAUGUCCUACCUCGAGGACUCUCUUGGGGGCAACAGCUACACGGUGAUUGAUCGCCCAAUCAGCCCGGCCAGCAGCGCCUUCCAGGAGACCUGCAGCACCCUCACCUACGCCUGCCGUGCCAAGAGCAUCCACACCACGGAGCUGUACGAGACCUACCUGCAGGAGCUGGCUGGGGACCUCGGGAACAUCAGCACCCUCGAGGUAGGGCAGGGGGGCCCCAGCCCCCUGCUGCACACUAGGAAAAGCACGUCCCUGCCCAAGAUCCCGCAGGCAAGUGGCACAGAGAGCUCGCCAGACUGGGACCAGGAGCACGUGUGGGCACAGAGCCACGAGCACCCCACACCACCGUGGCAGGGGACCUGCUGUGACACCAUGUGCCCCGUGGGGGACAGACACAGGUGGGUGUCCACCAUCCCCCACUUGCACGGGGCUGCUGCUGUGGCAGAGGGUAAAGAGCAUCCCCUUCCCAGCAGCAGCACCCUAAUCCCCGUGCUCAAGAAGCCCCCACAGUGCCACCGUGCCACAGAGCACUGGAAGGUGUCGAGCAGCACCAAGAGCAUCAUGGCUAAGGCUGCCCAGCGCUGGUCCUACAUCCCAGGGGGCAUCCACCAGAGCCCACCAGAGCCCACAGAGGAGCAGCAAGGCCACAGGCUGUGGCCAGCGGGCCGGGGGGGGGGGGCCAGCCACACCCCCAGGUGCCUGGUGGCGGGCGCACAAGAAGGAUGGUGGAGAGCCAGGGAAGAGGGGGGCAUCACCAAGGGGCAGAAGGACAUUUAG